AUGCUCCAGAGGCAGAUGCCCGCCUGGAUCUCACACGACCUGCCGGACCCGUGCCAAGCAGAAGAUGUCAGGCCCUGGGCCACCUGUGCAUCGAAGGAGGGGCUGUCUCCGUGCCACCUGUUGACAGUGAGGGUCAUCCGGAUGAAAAACGUGCGGCAGGCCGAUGUAGUGAGCCAGACUGACUGCUAUGUGAGCCUCUGGCUUCCCACUGCCUCUCACGAGAAGCUGAGGACCAGGACCAUCUCCAACUGCCCAAACCCAGAGUGGAAUGAAGCCUUCAACUUCCAGAUCCAGAGCCAAGUAAAGAAUGUGCUAGAGCUGAACGUCUGCGAUGAAGACAGGGUGACACCGGAUGACCAUCUCUUGACAGUUCUCUAUGACCUUGGCAAACUCUGCUUCAGGAAGAAAACCCACGUGAAGUUCCCACUCAACCCAGAGGGCAUGGAAGAGCUGGAGGUGGAGUUCUUGCUGGAGGAGAUUCCCUCUCCACCUGAGACUCUCAUCACCAAUGGCGUGCUGGUGUCUCGGCAAGUCUCCUGCCUGGAGGUCCACGCGGAGUCCAGGAGGCGGAGGAAGAGAAAGAAAAUGAAGGACCUCUGGGUGAUGGUGAGCGAAUCCUUCGAGAACACCCAGCGCAUCUCACCCUGCCGGGAACCCUGCAGCCCGAACCCUGCCUGCUUCCACUACCCCAAGUACUUCCAGCCACAGUUGCAUGUGGAGGUGCCCAAGAGUCACUGGAGCUGUGGGCUUUGCUGCUGCAACACGUGCAACAAUGGCCCUGUGUGCCAGCCCCUCGACUGCCUUUGCGACGGCCAGGCGGUGACCCUACCCGUGGGUGAGAAUUACGAGUUACACAUGAAGACCACGCCCUGCCCCGAGACCUUGGACGUGAGGCUGGGCUUCAGCUUGUGCCCAGAGGAGCAGGAGUUCGUGCAGAAGCGGAAGGUGGUGGUGGCCGAGGCGCUGAAGCAGGUGCUGCAGCUGGAGGAGGACCUGCAGGCGGAUGAGGUACCGCUGAUAGCCAUCAUGGCCACUGGGGGCGGAGCAAGAUCCAUGACCUCCAUGUACGGCCACCUGCUGGGGCUGCAGAAGCUAAACCUCCUGAACUGUGCCACCUACAUCACCGGCCUGUCAGGGGCCACCUGGACCAUGGCUACCUUGUACCGUGACCCUGAGUGGUCCUCCAAAAACCUGGAGACUGCCAUCUUCGAGGCCCGGAGACACGUGGUCAAAGACAAGAUGCCCUCCCUGUUCCCGGAGCAGCUCUUCAAAUUCCGGGAGGAGCUCCGGCAGCGGAGCCAGCAGGGCUACAAGGUCACCUUCACAGACUUCUGGGGCCUGCUGGUAGAGUCGUGUCUGGGGGACGAGAAAAAUGAGUGCAAACUGUCAGAGCAGCGUGCUGCUUUGUGCCGGGGCCAGAACCCCCUGCCCAUCUACCUCACCAUCAAUGUCAAGGACGAUGUAAGCAACCAGGACUUCCGAGAGUGGUGCGAGUUCUCCCCCUACGAGGUGGGCCUGCAGAAGUACGGCGCCUACGUCCCCAGCGAGCUCUUCGGCUCCAAGUUCUUCAUGGGACGGCUGAUGAAGAGGCUCCCUGAGUCCCCGAUGUGCUACAUGCUAGGUCUGUGGAGCAGCAUCUUCUCCCUGAACCUGCUUGACGCCUGGAAUCUGUCCCACACCUCGGAGGAGUUUUUCCACAAGUGGACAAGGAGGACAGUGCAGGACAUCGAGGAUGAGCCGCUCCUGCCUGACAUCCCCAAAUGUGACCCCCACGUGCUGGAGACUGCGGUGGUGGUCCCGGGGUCGUGGCUGUCCAACACUUUCCGAGACAUCCUCACCUAUCGGGCCUUCGUGUCUGAGUUCAACAACUUCCUGUCUGGCCUGCAGCUGCACACCAGCUACCUCCAAAACGAGGAGUUCUCCAAGUGGAAAGACACCGUGCUGGAUGGUUUCCCAAACCAGCUGACGACAUCUGCAAAUCACCUGUGCCUCCUGGACACCGCCUUCUUCGUCAACUCCAGCUACCCGCCCCUGCUCAGGCCCGAGAGAAAGGCCGACCUCAUCAUCCACCUCAACUACUGCGCCGGCUCCCAGACAAAGCCCCUGAGACAAACCUGUGAGUACUGCAGCACGCAGGGCAUCCCCUUCCCCAGCUACGAGAUCCAAGAGGCUGACGACGGGCUCAAGGAGUGCUACCUGCUGGAGAGCCCCCAGGACACCGACGCCCCCACCGUGGUCUUCUUUCCGCUCAUCAACGACACCUUCCAGAAGUACAAGGCGCCAGGUGUGGAGCGGAGCCCUGAGGAGCUAGAGCUGGGCCAGGUUGACAUCUACGGCCCCGACACGCCCUAUGCCACCAAGGAGCUCACCUACACGGAGGAGGCCUUCGACAAGCUGGUGAAGCUCUCCGAGUACAACAUCCUGAACAACCAGGACAAGCUCCUGCAGGCGCUGCGGCUGGCGGUGCAGAAGAAGAGGCGGCUGAAGGGCCGGUGUCCCUGCUAA